AUGUCCUUCGACGCUGCUGCUGCUUUCAUCAGACGCACCGACACCGGUAUUUCUCCGUCUCAAGCCGAGCAGCUGGAGUUGUACAGUCUGUACAAACAAGCUACUGAAGGAGAUGCACAAGGAUCUCGCCCUAGCAUCGUCAACCCGACCGCCAGGGCGAAGUGGGAUGCGUGGAACGAGCGGAAGGGCAUGGAUAAGACCAAAGCUGCUGAAGAGUACAUCAACACGGUGGCAAAGAUUUGCCCUGGCUGGCAGUCGAAAUAG